AUGAAAACAUUAGAGAGCAAGUUUAAAUUACCGACUAGACAAUAUUUAUCUAGUACUGUAAUUCCUAAGCUGUAUUCAAAAAUAUUAUCUCAACUCAAAGAAGAAAUAAACACUGAUUUGGAUAGAGAACAUACUGGGGAAAAUAUUUUUCUUAAAAUCAAAGCUAUGGUAAAUGAAUGGAACAUUGAUAUUUCAAACUUAAGCAUUCCUAUUUAUAUGGUCACAGACAAUGCAAGAAAUAUAAGUUGUGGAUUAAAUAUUUAUAAUGAUAAUGACACCCUACAUCACUACUUUUGUGCAGCCCACACGUUACAAUUGGCCAUUGAAGAUUCCUUAAAAGAAAACAAUAUGGGAAGUUUAUUAAAAAAGUGUCGCUCAAUUGUAAUGCAUUAUAACCACAGCACCAAAUCUUGGGAACGUUUGCAACAAAUUCAAUUGCGAUUAAAUCUGCCAAAUCAUAAACUCAUACAAAUGGUCGAAACUCGUUGGAAUAGUGUAUACUUAAUAUUGGAGUGCAUUAUAGAGCAAAAAGAAGCAAUUCCAGUUCUUGAAGCCACAAAAGAAUUUAGCCAAGAAGAUAUACCAACAUUUUCAAUGGUAAACCCAAUUAUAUAUUCCAUAGAAAAAAAAUUGGACAAUUUUAUAACAAAAAAUAGCAAUACAGCAGCAGGAAUAGGAUUUACUAGAAGUCUAAGAAAAUCUAUAUCAAACAGAUUUCUGGUAUGUAAAAAUGACCCAUCAUACUUAUUAGCGACAGUCAAUGAUCCAAGAUUCAAGACUAUUUUUAUGGAAUUAGAAAAUGUAGAAAAAGUAAAAAGUUUGCUUACUAUAGAAGUUGAGAAAUUUGGAUCAGCAUGUGCUACUUUAGAAAUAUCAGAAACUGAACAAAAUCUAUUACUACCUACCACAGUCCCUGUUUCAACAAACUCACUUUCGGAUAUUCUUCAAGAACGUUCGAUCUCCAGUUCUACUAAUAAAGAACAACUGAUAAACUCAUUUAAAAAAGAAAUACAGGAAUAUUUGCAACAACCUCUUCUGUCACCAACAUCAAAACCAUUUUUAUGGUGGAAAACUAAUUGUUUAAACUUUCCGUGUUUGGUUCCUGUAGCAUUGAAGUAUCUGGGUAUUCCAGGAACAUCAAUUUGCAGUGAACGGAUAUUUUCGAAAGCUGAACAAGUGGUGACAGCUAGGAGGUAA